AUGACCAGGCUCCGCGGACCUUCCGCGAGUUCAUAUGAGGGUUCGCGUGGUGGCAUCGAGCGGUCGCAGUGCCACAGGUCCAAACUACCCCCAGGCGCACCGGAUAUCAUCUCACAGUCUACCGUUGAUGUUUCAGACCCUGCGCAAGUCCUGUUGUGGUAUCGCGAUGAACGUCGCCGACAGUUUAACCUGCUCGUCAGAAAAUACAAGAACCAACUCCUCUACGGGUGUCAAGACCCCAAUUGCCAGACGCCGACAUGUGCCAGCUACCGACGGAGAGUGACCGAAGGGCCCUACCGCCGUUACACCGAUUUGAGCGCCCGAACACUGGCUUGCUACCUAGCGAGCUUAGACAACGCGGAAAGUGGACUAUGUCGCCAUUCACCCCGUUUGAACUCUGAACUAUCUGCCCAAGACUCGCACCGCCGGUCGAAACGUCGAACCCGUGCUCCUUCAACGCAAAGUCCGACGCGCGAUCGCUCGGACUACAAUGCAGCCACAAGUAAAUCAAACAGAGCCGCCCCGCAACCCGAUAAUAUACUGGAAGCCAAUACAAGACGGCGGCAUUUGGAAGACGAUGUUGUACUCAGUAAACAAUCGGUCACGCUGCCGGAGCCUGCAAGCUCGCCGGUUCAACGCCUGAAAGAUCCAAAGUCCUUCACCCAGAACCUGUUUGAUACCCUUUCGUUGCGAAUGAUCGAAUGGCUACCUCUCCGUCGCUCUCCUGGCUCAUUUGAUCUGGACCAGUCCCGUACAUAUCUUCGUGAACCCCCUCGUUCUCCGAAUUCGGAUACCUGUCAAGCGCACAUGGACUCGGAUAAGGAGCAACCCCAGUACAAACAAUGCCCUUACCAACCCGAUGUAUCUGGCGGACCGCAUACCCCAUCAUCGCGCAGUGCGAGCCAAACAACGGCUGUGGAAUUAAAGCUACCAAAUCAACAGUUCAAGCGGGUGUCCCUCACCGACACAGAGCUGCGGAGAUCAAACUCGAAAUCAAGUCUAGACGACAAGCAGUUGCCUGAAUUGAAGCCGGCUAGGAAGCUCUCGGUCAGCACACAAGCCAAUGCAAACGUUGACGAAUUUGUGAACGUGUCUUCACCACCAGCACUCAAGCACCGACCCCAGAAACAUCGUGGAAGGGCGGUUGAUGCGAACAAUACCCGCCUGCAUGAGCAGAAAAAGAAAGAGCGACGAGUCUCUUGGGACGGCUCCAAAUUCUUGAAUGAUAUGCAGUCAUACCAUAAUCAUAACAACACUGCAGUCAUUGAUAACCAAGUCACUCCAAAUGAUCGGCCAUCCAAUGACCGCCGACGACGACGCGAUAACCCACUCGUGGCGUAUGAUGCAAAGGCAAUUCAAUCACUUAGUCACCUAAAUGAUGAGAUCAUUGAUGGCUUGAAGCAAAUGCUGAUCCUUUCUGACGAGGAGGCUGAAAGGUGGAAAGAGGAGCUUGCGCUUAUGGAAUACAACGGCAGUUUUGAGGACUCUGAAUGGCGGUUUGCAACAUCUCGCCAACGUACAGUUUUCACGUUCAUCACCCAAAGCGUCUUCUAUGCUCUAGGAAGCGCCCGGCACCUUGUGCGCUCAUUCCGGGAAAGGACUCGCCCAACCGACGAUACAGAUGCUUCGUCUAAGCUCGAUCUCGAGCUAUUGGAACCGGCCUUGCGCAAGCUCUUCGCUAUUUGCCCUAAAGACAUUGUCUUCCACAGCCUAUGGAAUGCUCUGGACGCAUUGUUUGUUCCUCCUAGAGAAUUAUCAACAUCUGGGCGGCUUUCGCGGCGUUCUUCUUAUAACUCCAAUCCCACCACUUCAGCUUCCGCGCCGGUACCUAUCCGUCGUACGUCCGAUGCCUUCGCCAAUGAGUACGUCACCGACGCAAACGCUGCAGAUAUUGCAAUCGUGGCAUUGUUUGCCUUGGCUAAGUCUCUGCCUGAAAUCGACAACACUACGUGGAGUUGCAUGGUGCUGAUGCGGUCUACCGGAAAUGUAGCUAUGAGUGCCGUCAUGGAAAUGUUUCGCUUGAGGGACGCUCAACUGGUCGUUGAAGCUACGGAUGUUUUGGAGCACGAGCUGGCGCUUCGAUUAGUUGAUCGCCUGGUUCGCGCCAUCACUGCGCGAUUAGCUUUCCAUGAGAUAUCAAAGGCUCGGUACGGUUACACCCAAGAGUCGACGAAACGCAAGAACAAUGUUCUAGAUACCCUUGUCGAACUUCUGGGUCAGCAUCACGACCUUACUAUAAGAUCCCUGGGAAAUGAGGAUACGAACCCACGCGCUCCUAGCGUUCCAGCGGUUAUUACUGAGUGGCUCCGGACUCUUCUGUUGAAGAGUUGGGACGGAAAUCCGGAAAUGUCCAGAAGCAGCUCCGAGGGAGGAGCUGUGCAGAUACUCUCCGUCCUAUUCAAAGAACGAAACAAACUCGGCCUCACUGCAGAAAACUUCCAUACCCCUUUCCUCUCUGAGCGGCUGGAUCCGCUAGAGAUGCCGGUACAGUGGAUGGCGCGGGUGCCCAGCAACAAGACCUUACAUCUUCUCUCCUACUCCUUUCUGUUUCCCCCAUCCGCCCUCGUCAUCUACUUUCGUGCUCUUAAUUACUCUGCCAUGUCCAGACAUUACGAAGCAGCCAUGACCACUACGAGGCAUGUGACGCAAACCGCUUUUAACAACAUUGAAAUCUCAGAUGAUGUCGGUCUCCUUGCUCGGAUGAAGAUAUCAAUGACCACUUACUUGGUGCUUGUCAUCCGUCGAGACAAUAUCCUCACAGAUGCCCUCAAUCAGCUCUGGAGACGCGAAAGGCGGGAGCUCAUGCGUCCGCUCAAGGUUCAGAUGGGUAUGGAGGAAGGAGAAGAGGGGCUUGAUCAUGGAGGUGUUCAACAAGAAUUCUUCCGCCUGUUUAUGGCAGAGGCUCUGGACCCCGCAUACGGCAUGUUCACGACGGAUAGCCGCACUCGUAUCUCCUGGUUCCAGCCCUGCUCGUGGGAACCGCUUUACAAAUUUGAACUUCUCGGGCUGUUGAUGUCGCUUGCCGUCUACAACGGUCUCACCCUUCCUGUGAAUCUCCCCACUGCUUUUUAUCGAAAGCUUCUUGGUUUAAAGGUCAAGUAUUUGGAGCAUAUCCGGGAUGGGUGGCCAGAACUCACAAAAGGCUUAGAAGAACUUCUAGGUUGGAGCGAAGGUGAUGUCGGGGACAUUUUCCUGAGGACAUAUGAAUUUGGCUUUGAAGCAUUUGGCCGGGUUGAGACGGUCGAUAUGGAAAAGGUUGAUCGAGACGCUCCGUGGCCUCUUUCGUCCACCGGUCGAAGCUCCGGCGGCCGUUCUGUGAGGUAUUCCCCAUCUUGGUCUGACGUGCGGCGCUAUACCGACCAGGCAAACCUCAGUCCGCCCUCGUCCAUGGCAGCCGAAACCGCCGAUUCGCAAGAUGAGGCUACCAAGUCGGUGGCCGGCCCGGUGCCCUUGCCCUCGCCCACGCCACCAGCUGAGGAAGCUUCUCUGGUGACGAACGAGAAUCGAAGUCGGUUUGUGAAGGAUUACAUUUUCUGGUUGACCGAUAAAUCCAUUCGACCGCAAUUCGAGGCCUUUGCACGAGGCUUCUAUACCUGCCUUGAUCGAUCAUCUCUUUCCAUCUUUACUCCGGAGGCGCUGAAGACCGUGGUCGAGGGCAUCCAGGAGAUUGACGUUGCGCAGUUGGAACGGCACGCUCGCUACGAAGGAGGCUUUGGUCCCAGCCACCGCGUGAUUCGAGACUUUUGGAGCAUUGUUCAUGAGUUUUCCGCUGAGAAGAAGGCGCAUCUGCUGGAGUUUGUCACUGCCAGUGACCGAGUACCAGUCAAUGGGAUCGCAAGCAUCAUGUUUGUAAUUCAGAAGAACGGAGUGGGGGAUGCUCGUCUUCCAACGAGUUUGACCUGCUUUGGCCGUCUCCUCUUACCUGAAUACUCUUCCAGGAGCGUUAUGGAAGAAAAGCUCGGCAAGGCGUUGGAGAACGCGCAAGGGUUUGGCGUUGCUUAA